CAGUCAUUACGUACGUAAGUACUCGUACUCGUAAACCGAAUACCGCAGAGUACAUUUAUUAGUUGGGUUUUGCGGCCGGUGCUUUCUUGUAUCCGCUGGGCAUCAAUCAUUUUUGAUGCAUCCAGAAGGCCAUCAACUACCUUUAGGUACAAGCCGCCAUGGAAGCUAUUUCACCCGGCCAUCAUUUUCGGAAAGAUAAUGGUAAAGCAAUCGUGUUAAGAAUCGCAUUCUGCAUGCUUUAUAUAGCAUCUUCUGCAGGAUUAUUACUUCCAUCAACUUUGACAAAUCGAGUGGCAAACAGUAGCAACAAGUCGUCUGUGCCUCGGUCAAUAUUGUGGUCAAAAAAAGAUACCAAAGAAGCAACAGAUAAAGAAGAAAUCAACUUGGAUGAAGAUAAUUCGUCAAACAAUAAACCCUGUUUUUGGAAACCGAAAGGGCCGAGAAGUUGGUGGGUAGAGAGAGUUAAACUCGAAAACCUAGAAAUUGGACAGGAACUCUCAGGGCACGUCGUUCAAUACAAUUUGGAAGCGAAGACUGGUCCAAAACUCUACUUUGAAUGCGGGAUUGGAAGAACGGAUAAAAAUGGAGAUUGGUCAAUUGUGAAUGGCAUGCUAAGGCUUGAUAAAGGUAAGCCUUCGGUAGCAAGGAAGCGUGCGGCACGUUUUCGCCAAAAAGACCAAGUUCAAUUAUUUGUUUCCCGGGUUCAAAAGGGAUGCGGUCGGCUAGAAGUUUGUGCCAAGAUUGAACAGGUUCAGAAAUACGAUGAGGAACCGAAAAUAUCCGUGACGACGUUGAAGAAAAGUCAAGAAGUUGUUGGGAAGGUUGUAAAAUUAUAUCCUUAUGGUGCAAUCAUUGAUAUUGGUGCGAAUGUUCGAGGUCUCCUUCAUAUUACAAAAGUUGCUCGCUUGUUGGAUCAAUACGUAAGUAAAGAAGAAGGUUUAAAAAAAGCAGGAUUCGAAAAGGGUGCCAAAGUUAGACUUAUAGUAGAGUCAGUUGAGAAAAGAAGGCUUUCUCUGGAUUUCACUGAUGACGUCAAAGAGGAUGCGCGCAAAGAAAAAGAGCAAAAGCAACAAUUGAUUGAUGAAUCAAAUGAUUCACAGAAAAGGGAUGAACUUGAUGCUUGGAAAGAAUAUGGAAACCAAAAAUAUCAGGACGACAAUAAUUUAAAUGAUGGUACAGAUGAUGCAAUCAAUGAUGGGAACGAGUACAACAAGGGGUAUAAUGACGAGUAUGACGAAGAGUAUGAAGACGACUACGAUGACAGAUAUGACGAAGAAAUGGACAUAGAGUCAUCAUUAGGACUAGAUAUGUACUAGCUCUUCAAAUAAUCAAUACUAAGUCAAUUGCGUUCCCCUUACUUUUUCAAAAACCAUUACCACGUUCAUUUCUGCGAAAAAUCCACUUCCUUCCAAUAAUGUUUGGCCGGCAUUUUGAAAUCGUUAUCCUCCUCCCAUUUUCCACCAUCCAAAAAUAAUUUCGGACUAUCAACAGUCAUCCAUAUAUCUUCUUUUUUUCCCAUCCCAUUGAGUCUAAUCCGGACAUCAUUGUUUAAUCGUUCAAAAAUGUAUCCAGCAAAGCAUUCUUCACUUUCCUCUUGAUCCUCACUCUCAUUCGUUGAAGAAGUAUCCCUGCCGUCAUUUCUGUCAAUCACUGCUGGUAUAAUACAUAACACUCUAUCUGAGGGUUUUAAUGUUUUCCGAUUUAUUUGCUUGGCCAAGUGCCAGACUUCUUUUUCUUCGAUCCCAUUCAAUUUUCGGGAUUUUUUCGAUUUCGAUUUUUUUGGUGCUGUUGUCUGCAUCACUUCGACCCAGAAGUCCUUAGCUUUCGAAUUUUUUCCAAUUGUUUUGCUAUCAUCGGUAUUAUUUUUUAGUUUCUUAGGAUUGCUUCCAUAUGAUGCAUUGGAUAUUUCUUCUUCCGCUCGUUUCUUCUUGACCCUCGCCACCCAAUCUUUCCAUGUUACUCUCUUUGUUUGUAAGACCUCUCUUUCAUAGCGCAGUAACAAAUUUUCAAAUUUUUUAACAUCCAUUCGUACUGAAUCCGGCCGACAAUUACAAACUUUCGCAGUAAGUCCAUAUGGGAUCCAUUCGGGUGUUGCGAAGUUGGUUGCCUCUGCAACAUUGAAACCUGUGUUGAAGCCCGAAUGAUAACUUCCAGGAAAUGUUAUUAUAGCAUCACCUGGGUAUUGCACAGUCAUCGUAUAAGGGAUUCCUGCCUUUUUCAAUACAGCUGGUGAUACAAGUGAUCGUUUGUGGCGCAAAUAUUCGGAGCAUUGUUUCUUAGCAUGGACAUAGUUGGAUUCCAUGAAAUGUUCGAAACGUCGGGAGUCUUCUCCUUCUGCAACAGCAUACCAUACUUUUGGGGCUCCCGCAUGCAAAUAGUUGAUCGAGAAAAGAUUCAUAUCCUCUGUGUGGGCACAGAAAACCGAUGCCCACAUUCCAAAAUACAAAUAAGGUGUGGUUACACCAGGGAUUCCACCAUAUUUAUCAUCUUGCUGAUCUAUCAGAAGCAACUGCAGGCAAGACUGUAGCUUUGAUAAGUUCCAAUCGCAAUCAUCAUCCUUUCCAAACAAUGUUCCAUCCAUAUCAGCUCCAUACAUCGAAGAUUGCAUUGUUGGACCAAGUCUUUUCCAAAAUUUUCUUUCUAGCAUCUCAAUUGAAUGGUCUUUCUUCGCCCCGACUUGGCUUUCCAUAUACUUGUCCGCUUUUUCCCUGAAUUCGGAAACUGUGAUAGGAUUAUUAUCCAAAAACGUAAAUUCGUACACACCUCCGAUUCCAUGCACAAUCUGCGUCAUCGGAGAUGGAAGCAUCAUAUCCCCCAAUGGCGUCCCAGAUUGCCAAUCUUUCCCCCUUCCCGUUUUAUCUUUAGCUAUUCCAUCGUGAAUGGAAAAUUCCUCUGGUAAGGUUAUCCUUGCCAGCCCUGAUACAAUUUACCACAUUAAAGAUGCAGUUUAUGUGAGAAUGCCAGUAUGAUAUCAAAGAGAUCUAUCACAAAUAAAAAAUCUUACCAUAAUCAUAACUGAUCUUUGGGGUGUUGGCGCGAUAGCGUUUGCUACUCUCGUUGGUGGAGUUACCCCUCGUUCCGUGUCUCCCAUUCACUGCCGGAGGCUCUUCUUCAUUAUCACUGAACCCGACUUCGCAUUGACUCAAUAUUGUAUGGCGAACAUAAUCAGAGAAAGUGGUUGAUCGAAGUUCAUCAAGUGUCGGCUCGAAAUGCUUGCACUGAAUUGGAUAAUUAGAUUUGGUCUUGCAAAAACGCCGUGCUUCCUCUUGAACCUUUCUAUCUCUAUAGUGUGCUGGCAUGGCUAGUAUGAGGGCGAAGUAAUCGUAGAGCUCUAUUAGAAUAUAGCUAGUCAGCGAUAUCAAAGGAAGUUUUCGGGAAAAUAUCUUCCACUAUUCACUAUUCCAAUGUCGUACUGGUACGAUUGAAAAGCGAUCAGAUACGAGUACUCUUCGCCCCAGUUUGUUUCGGUUCAGAUGUUUAGUUGUUGUGUGGCAUGACACUCGUACGAUUGGCAAGCAAAAAGUGUUGUUCUUUACGCUGUUUUUUUAGGCUUUUUAUCCCACGAAUAACCAUGCUCCAAAAUUAUUUAUUUCACGAACUGAAAGGAAAAACCAAUUUCUUUGUCUGUCCUCGUCCGUCAUAUAGCAACAGUGCAAGGUAGAAAUUGUUAUUGGGCCUAAUUUUGUUUUCAAAGUGCCGGUACGUUCGGUACUACGAUUCAGAGUACGACCCCGCCCUGGCUUGAGUAAUACGUAUUAGUACGAGUAAGUACGUACGUAACGGAGGUCAUACGGUAAUAAGUACUACAAGUACUUCGUAAUAAUGGUACUUGUAAUCAAAGGAGUCAAACAGCGUAUUUUUGCCUGUCGAAACCCGCAAACGCCGGAAUUCCGGUAUCGUUAGGAGUUCUGUUGAGCGGAGACCAAUGGUACAGUCGGGCAUUCUGUCACUCCUACGAUUGAAGUAAUGGGACACCUCCUUUUGAUAGUGCCCUUUCGAUUUGACUACUCAGAAUUGUCCAGGGAGCUCUCCUUCCUAUGGUUUUGGACGUCGCCACCAGUAGUAACUUCAAUUGCACCAUUUCUUGCCCCUCUCCCUUCCACUCUCUUGCACAUAGCUUCUCAACCAGAAGGCGCCAGAUUGUGGUUCUUUGCUCUGUACACCUUCUUUUGAUAGUGCCCUAUUGAUUCGUUCACUCAGAAUUGACCAAGGAUCUCCCCUUGCAGUUGUUUUUCAAGCCACCACGGUGGUGUGUUGUUGUUCCUCCUUAAUUCCUUUCUCCAUAGGUCCUGCUUUGAAGAUUUAUUUGGAACCAAAUACUACAGUUCCUUAAACAAAGCCUACAUGUGACUGUACUAAUUGAAUGCUUCUCUUUCCACUUGUCCAAUUCCCAAAAAGAUCUGAUGGUUGGUUAUAAAGAUACAGCUAUCACCAUUACAAAUUUUGGUCAUUUGCCAUAUGUAAGAAUACAGUAGUAGUAGCUCAAAGAGAUUAGAUGCAACACAAAUGACACUCAAUGGCCAUAUGAAGCAGAGGGAGAGCUUUGUAGUGGCACCCUUCUUGUGUUCAUAGGUGCUCUGGAUCUGAAGUUAUCAGUCUCACCAUGGCAAAGAUGGUGUUUUAGCGAUAGCAUGACUAAAUCAGUUUGAGUAGAAUUACUUUUUUCCAAGUAGUGCACAGUAGGCUUUUUACAGAUAACGCAUUUCAUAUUGAAGUAACUGGUACAUCACAACAAACAAUUUGUAUUUUGAGGAGCUUUCCUUCUUUGGGAUGACGUGACUUAGCUCAUGUUUUGUGUGUUUGAUCCAGACUCCAAUCACACAAACACACUCAAGUUACAUCAUACAGCAAAUAGAAGCAGUUCAUCUGGUGAACGCAUGAGUCCCAUGGCAAAAACCACUUUGUAGCACCAGCUCUUUCAGCAAAGAUUGUUCAUGCUAAUUGUUGUGAGAAAUGCAUUACGGCAUAAAUGCCUAGUCGUUACUUGCAAGGUCGUGAAACUGGAGGGUUAACACUGAAUCUUAGCUGCUAGAAAAUUUUCUCGAACAGAAAAUGAAGUGAAAUGUUAUUGCUCAUAGGUUUGCGUCUGUCAGAUUCAGAGUUUCAAUACAUUACAAUACUAUGAAAUGUAAACAUUGGCAGCACAGAAGUGUCGCAAAUAUUACCUCUGACAGAUCUCUGUCUAGCAGAUGAGAGCUUCUUGGGGGAAACAUUUUUACUUUACCACAUAUUACAACUAAUACGAACGAUUGAUUAUGAAAUGCAAGUUGCAGUUUCACGGAUAUGGCAUUGACUGAAUUCGUUUCAACAUAAUUAUCACGACUUGAAUGAGUUUGGCCUCACGUGAAUCGAAACUUCUCCUUUGUUGAUGUUUUGCUGACACAGCUUCUUCACUAUAUUCGGGCUUGAAUCACAAUUCUGAAACUAGACGUCGCAAAUCCUCCUCGCAUUGUUCUUUAAUUCCUUCUCCGUAUUGCUGGUGCCUCUUUGCUUCCUUUUUCCAAUAUUGAACCUGGGAUUCUAAUUCCUGCCAAUAAAAAAGCUGCUCUUGUAAGCGCUUGUUAGUACCGCUGUUGUCGAUGUCGCCAUUGUUGUCUUCGCUAUCCGAAAUACCCAUCACGUGAUGCACCUGUCUGAGGCGCUCUUUGCACGAUGACAAUUCAAGUUGGAAUAGAGAGCGUUCAUUCAAUAACAUACCACUCCAGGUCACGACGGAGAAAACAGUGAUAUUUGCAAAACAGAGAAAUCCGAUCCAAAACAGGAUUUUAAGCAAAUUUCCAGUUUUGUCAGGUUUGGGAUCGACGAAUGUAAGAUCAUUUUCGCAUUUGUCUAGAUUUUCGUCGGUUGAUUUUUGAGGAGUCGGGAUGGAGCCGAGAGUUUCAAUCGGUUUUUCCGUCUUGGUAGUUAUUGUAGCUGGAGCUGGUGCUGGUGCUGGUGCUAUUGCCGUUGAUACUGAUACUGGUUUUAUAAGUGAAUUUUCGAUUGGUGGUGCAAGGUGCAGCACUAAAUUCUCCUCCUCGGCGUCAGAGUCUCUGGGAGAACAUUCGAUCGGUGUAUGAAAGUCCCUACCGACGGCAAUUGCUGCGUUAUUUCUUCCACCUUUAGGAGUCGAUGGCUUCCUUUCAACAUUUGAUACCCUGGGUGCCGAGGAGGUGGACGUGUUUUGCUUCUUACGCAACGGAGACGCUCCGGAUGAGUCGCUGUCGUCACCAACAGUUUGUUCAUCAUUUUUCCUAGAUUUGCCCUUGGUGGCAGCGAAGGCAGGUGAUUUUCUUUUCCCGGCCAUAGUGAGUAAAGAAUUGUACACUCU